AACAACAGUGUCGAAUUUGCUUAAAUAGCGUAAAGUCAGUUGGCCAAAUGAGUUAGUGUUGUAGUCAUGCCCGAAGCAAGUUGUUUGCUUUUGUUGUUGAGUCAUGUUGUUUGCAUUUGCAUCACGUCUAACUUCAACACUGCUCGGCAGCUUGUUGGCAGCUGACCUAGCAGCUCCCACUGGACUACCCUGUGGCGAUAAUGAGCAGCUCACCUGUGUUGGCUGCUACGAGCCAACCUGCUCUGUGCCCUAUUACCCUGAUGAUGAAUGUCAUUACUUUGACAUUUGCAAGUUAGGUUGCGGUUGCAAGUACGGCUAUGUUCGUCACGAUCAAUCCUUUAAGUGUGUAUCUGCUGUCCAUUGCGAAUUCAUUAGCAGCCAUAAACGAUAUCAUGAAAAUCGCAAUUAGAAUUUUUAUUUCUGAUAUUUUUAAACAUUUUUUAUUCGCUAUUGGCGCAAUCUAAUGAUAAUGAUGAUGAUGAGGUCAUUGGUGAACUGCAGAGCAAAACACUAUGUCUACCAGAUAUCACAGGCGCAAUUACGAUAUGUGUAAAAAAAUAAAAUUUGGCAAGUCUUACGAUAAUAAAUUAAAUUGUAAGGACUUCUUGAAUUGGAAUCUCUCUCGAAUACUGUGAGAUUGCUGUUUGCACUUUAAUUUGAAUCUGCAAGGAAUUUUACGGCCAUGUGGAGGUACCUUAUUUUCACAGUUUCCAUUUGCUGUUCUAUUUCUCUUGACGUUUUUAUGGUUGCCAACAUCAAAUUGUAUCUUGAGAUUCACAAAAAAAACUUUUAUUGUUUACUUUUCGGAGUGCUUUAAAUUUACGAGCCUUUUCCAGAGAGCGAGUGUGAGGAUGUGAUAUGUGUUCUAUCACAGUUUGAGUGCGGUUUUGUCUGGUGGUUCAUAAAGCAUAUAAUGUUAAAUCUUAAAUCUCAGUGGCGCACUCGUAAAUAUUAAUUUACUUGCUCAAACUUGAGGCUUUUGUGGCUCACUCCAGUUGACUUUUGGCUGCCAGCGUUUUGUGUCUUACUCGCAGAUACAAGAAUUAUGACUGCUUUCACAGUAAGCUAAGUGGCUUGUCAUAUGCCUGACACCUGUCUUGAGCCAAGAAUGCUCGAUUUUAUAGGGCUUCAAGUAGCUAUUAACUCGAAUUGCAUUCAAUUUAUGCAAUGAAAUAAAAUGGCAAUAUUAAAAAGUGCAGUUGGUAUGGAAGUAAAUAUUGCACAGUUUUGCAUGAAUUUGUGAACCUUUUAUUGCAAAAAUUAUGCAACAUUUCUUAAUACAAAUUACUGCAAAUUCAGUUGAACACGAUGAAUUUGUGAAUAAUAUUUCAGAGCCGCUUAGUUACAUAGUAUUUCAAAUGGAAGGAAACAAAAUGGCACAGAACAAAACACUUAUGAAGGAGAGUGUGCACUAAAUAUUUAACAAUAAAAAUACGCACACAUUUAACAUAAUAAACUCUCAUAAUGCCAUUGUACGUAUGUAUGUGUGUAUUUCUGUGUGUAUGGGAAUUUUCGGGCGCGUGAACAUCCGACAAAUUUGCCCACUAAAUGAUUACUAUUAUUAUAUUAUUACGGACCGCUGCCACCAUUUUACCUAAAAGAGGGCUGGGCGACAGGGGAAUUUGUUUGGUGGUUUUGGACCUGUGGCUAUAGCGUUGUUGGUUGGUCAUAGUCAUGUAAUUUUUUUUAUGUCUGCCUA